AUGAGGAUGUAUGUUAAACCAAGUGAAGUGAAGGAUGAUGUUAAACUGGAUGAAGUGAAGUACGAUGUUAAAUCGAAUGCUAGAUCAGUUGUUGUUGAGGUUGAGAAAUUGGAGUUUGGCUUUGUAAUAGGAAUGUCUGACAAUGGUUCUGGUAAAAGACAAGCAUUUGUAACAAUGAGAUGCGAUAAAAUUGGCACAUACCAACCACCGAUUAAGAAGUUGAAACGUGAUAAUAUCAAAUCGAGAAAAUGUGAGUGUCAAUUUAAAUUGUAUGGAUACCAUAAGGCGAUAAGAGGUCCAAGAUCUGAAAUACAACAACUCUUGAAGCUUUUGGAUUAUGACAACUAUGUUUCUAGGUACAGAGUUUGUAAGGAUAAAGUCACUAUUCAAGAUAUAUUUUGGUCUCAUCCCGAUUCAAUCAAGAUGUUUAACACAUUCCUCACUAUGCUCAUAAUUGAUUCAACAUAUAAGACCAAGAAGUAUAGGCUUCCACUUCUAGAAAUUGUUGGUGUUACUUCUAUGGAGAAGACUUUUUUCGUGGAUUUUUCAUUUUUGGAUUUGAAAAAAGAGGACAAUGUUACACAGGUUUUAGAAAUGUGCAAGGCUAUGUUGAUGGACCAAAAACAUAUGCAAAAAGUAAUUGUUACCAAUCACGACACCACAUUGAUGAAUUCGAUUGCAAUGAUGUUUCCUAUAUCGUAUGCAUUACUUUGUAAGUAUCACAUGACCAAAAAUGCGAGGAGUCUACUAAAACCUCAUGUGGUAGGUACCAAACAAAUCAACAGUAAAUAUGGAAAAAUAUUCAAAUCUAGUGUGGUGUUGGAAAAGAUAAUGGAUGUCUGA